AUGUCAGAGGCAGAAAAGACUCGACCGGCUAUUGUACACCAGCUCAAGCAAGCUCCUCGACAUCCUGCGCAAACUGUUCACUAUCCACGACUCAAAUCAGAGGUCCACUUUACACACCCAGGAUCAAUACCAGAUAUCGAUACUCUUCGCAUUCGUACUACUGAUGUCGCCCAGCCUUUCCUGAACCCCAGGUCAAUGCAAUAA